AUGUCUGAUCAACCUUCCCUUCAAGAAGUCGUUUUUCAGGUUGAUUUGUGGUUGAUUACGAACUAUGCUAGCACUGCAAUAACUGCUCUUUGGCUCCUAGACUACGUUCAGACCCUACACAUGGAAAUAGGAACUAUUUGGCGCAGAAGGUUGACCGCAACCACGGUCUUAUUCCUCAUGAAUAGGUAUAUCUUCGUCGGUUACUUGGUAUCUAUGGUUCUGUCAAGCCUUCCUGGUUCUUCCACCGAUGAUGAGUGCAAUGCAAUAUUGAUUGUAUUAUUCCUCUGCGACGUCCUGGCGAUCUGCACCACCUCUGCCCUUUUCUCUCUCAGAGUGUAUGCUAUAUACGAACGAGAUUCCCGUGUUCUUUACGCAGCAGGUCUCUUUAUAUCCGCGAGGGUGACAUUGGCUGUAUUGAGCGUGCAUUUGGAUGAUCGCGCAUCUACGAAAGGGUCUCAGUACGAAACAUUCUCUCGAUGCCUGAUCCACAUCGUCUCCCACGUUCAACUACAUUCUAAGUUCAAACUCGGAGACAACUUCGUUGCCCUCGCCUUUGACGCUUCGAUCUUCGUCCUGACACUACGGAAGACGUAUGGCCAUGCAAUGCGAAUGCGUCGCUCCAAUCAAGUGAGCAUUGCAGAGAUACUUCUCCGUGAUGGCGUUUUAUAUUUCAUGAUCAUGUUUAUGAUCGGUAGCUUGAAUGCAGCCAUAAACAUCAUUUCGACCGUCACCGAUGGCGAGCUGUCGUCUCAAACUUCAAACUUCAUCGGGAUGAUUGCACCAUUUAUCUCAGUGCUGCCUAACGUCCUGGUCUCUCGUCUUGUACUCAACCUAAGAACAUUCGAUGAAGAUGGACCCGUCGGUCCCCGUUCGUCUCAUUUUCGGCGUGCUGGACGCAGAUACGAUGAAGAUCACCUUACCGAGCCGACCUUUGCACAGAACAGGUUCCUUGGAAAUAUCGGGGCCCCUCUUCGCGUCGCUGACGGUGCUGAUCUUGACGAACUUGUCGCUGAACCACAACUGGACCAAGAGUCCGGGACUGCCGAUAUCCAAGAAACAAAUCCGGUGCCGCUUAUGCCUUCGAAAGGCCAUCGACGCAGUAUGCCGUCCGCGAGCUCCAUGGAGCCUCUCCUCUUUGAACCGUUCGUAUGGGAUGGUCCUCCGCCACUUGCUCGGCCUGCUCCGAGUCAUGAGCCCGCCUAUGGCUCUAGUUAUCCUGACUUCUGAUAUUCUUCUGACCCGGUACCGAAUUGCGGGAGCCGUGGCGGCGAGGUGCGAUGGUGAAGGUUUUUGUUGUCGAAUAUCAGAAGUCACAGAACGAUAGCGUAUCGAGAAUGGUCCGACCCACACUGCUACAAAUCGAAACAAUAUUU